CAUGUGUUAUGAUACUGAACCAGAUGCAGUGAUCACAAUCAACUCUUAUGGAGAAAAUAGCAGGAGAAUAACAAUAUUGGAAAAGUAUUUACAAGUGAAUGUAGUGCUUACAGACUGUUAUACAUCUCUAUUGAACAACAACUGUUACUGUGCUCAGUGUGCAGUGUUGUUCCCCACCACUGAAGCGUAUAGUGAACAUUACACGAGCACACACACCGAGACCACUAACUUGACAAAAGUCUCCGCUUCUCUUGUGACUUGUAAUCAAAUUAUUUACACAUGUGAGAAGUCUUUUGUGUGUGAUACAUGCAAGAAAACAUACAAAAAUAAAAGUCAUUUGAAGCGGCACAUGUUAGUUCACACGGGCAAAAGGCCAUUCCAGUGUGACCUUUGCUCGAAAACAUAUAACCAAAGUAAUCAUUUGAAGACACACAAGUUACUUCACACUGGAGAAAAACCAUUCAAGUGUGAAACUUGCAAGAAAACUUUCGACCGCAUAAGUAAUUUGAAAAUUCACAUGUUAACUCACAGUGGCAAAAAGCCGUUCGAAUGUGAAACAUGCAAGAAAAAGUUCAUGCGAAUGAGUUACUUGAAAAUGCACAGGUCACUUCAUACUCGUGAAAAGGCAUUCGAGUGUGGUACUUGCAAGAAAACAUUUAGACACUACACCACACUGAAAAGACACAAGUUAAUUCACACUGGCGAAAAGCCAUUCCAAUGUGACAUUUGCAAAAAACUCUUUAACCAAAGAAGUGCUUUGAAUAGACACAAGUUACUUCAUACCGCAGCACAACGAUAUGAUUCUGAGGGAGUCAGACAACAAUGUGAGAUCCGGGAAACAUGAGGAAACAUAGUACAGACCACAUUUCACAAAACUUAAACUGAUGACAUUACCAAGCUUGUACAUUUAUGAAGUUGCAGUAUUCGUCAAAUCGAAUUUAAAUACAUUUACAACGUUAAAGAGUAAAAGGCACGAACAUAAACUAUUGUGCAUUCUCGAGGAUGACAGCUCUCUUCGAUAAUACUAGGUAUAUUUGGAAUGUCUAUAAAAAAAUUAACCAUUUACCGCAAGUUAUAAGAGAGACGAAUAAUAUGAUUCAGUUCAAAAAUCUAUUAAAAAAACUUCUAGUAGCAAAGACAUAUAUGAGGUGGACCCUAUCGUGGGAGUGGUAGAUAGGAAACACACAAACUCAGGGUAUACAAUCGUUCACUGUAUUUUCAAGGUUCUUCAGACACGUAAUAUGCAAGUGAGGUAGUCUUUGCUUACAAAUAGGUAAUAGUCGCGAAGGGGACGCAAGCGAGCGUGAUCCAGCCGGGAAUA